AUGUCUCUCUUUCUCUUUUUCUAUUUCUCUUUUUUUCUUUCUCUGUUUCUAUUUCUCUUUUUCUCUUUCUCCUUUUUUCUCUUUCUCUUUUUCUCUUUCUUCAUUUUCUCUUUCCCUUUUUCUCUUUUUCUUUUUUUCUUUCUCUGUUUCUCUUUUUUUCUCCUUUUUUCUCUUUCUCUUUUUCUCUUUCUCCUUUUUCAAUUUUAUCUUUUUCUCUUUCUCUUUUUCUGCUCCUCUUUUUCUAUUUUCCUUUUUUCUCUUGCUCCUUUUCUCUUUCUCAAUUUUUUUCCUCUUUUUCUCCUCUUUUUCUGCUUCUCAUUUUCUAUUUCUCUUUUUCUCCUUCUCUUUUUCUCUUUCUCUUUUUUCCUCUUUCUCCUUUUCGCUUUCUCCUUCACUUUUUCUCUUUCCCUUUUUCUCCUUCUCUUUUUCUGCUUCUCUUUUUCUAUUUCUCUUUUUCUAUUUCUCUUUUUUUUCUCUUUCUCCUUCUCUUUUUCUCUUUCUCUUUUCUCCUUCUCUUUUUCUCUUUCUCUUUUUCUCAUUCUCUUUUUCUUCUUUUCUUUUUCUCUUUCUCUUUUUUCUCUUUCUCCUUUUCGCUUUCUUCUUCUCUUUUUCUCUUUGUGUUUUUCUCUUUCUCUUUUUCUCUUUCUCUUUUUCUUUCUCUUUUUCUCUUUCUCUUUUUCUGCUUCUCUUUUUCUAUUUCUCCUUUUUCUCUUUCUCCUUUUCUCUUUCUCCUUUUCUCCUCUUUUUCUCCUCUUUUUCUGCUUCUCUUUUUCUAUUUCUCUUUUUUCUCUUUUCCCCUUUCUCUUUCCCCUUCUCUUUUUCUGCUUCUCUUUUUCUAUUUCUCUUUUUUCUCUUUUCCCCUUUCUCUUUCUCCUUCUCUUUUUUUGCUUCUCUUUUUCUAUUUCUCUUUUUCUCUUUCUCCUUUUCUUUUCUCCUUCUUUUUCUGCUUCUCUUUUCUAUUUUUUUUUCUCUUCUUCUUUCUCUUUCUCCUUUUCUCCUCUUUUUCUCCUUCUCUUUUUGCUUCUCUUUUUCUAUUUCUCUUUUUUUUCUCUUUUUCUAUUUCUCUUUUAUUUCUCUUUCUCCUUUAUCUUUCUCCUUCUUUUUUUCUCUUUGUCUUUUUCUUCUUCUCUUUUUCUUCUCUUUUUCUAUUUCUCUUUUUUUCUCUUUCUCCUUCUCUUUUUCUCUUUCUCUUUUUCUCCUUCUCUUUUUCUCUUUUUCUCUUUCUCUUUUCCUCCUUCUCUUUUUCUGCUUCUCUUUUUCUCUUUCUCUUUUUUCUCUUUCUCCUUUUCCCUUUUUUCCUUCUCUUUUUCUGCUUCUCUUUUUCUAUUUCUCUUUUUUCUCUUUUUACCUUUUCUCUUUCUCCUUUUCUCUUUCUCAUUUUCUCCUCUUUUUCUCCUUCUCUUUUUUGCUUCUCUUUUUCUAUUUCUCUUUUUUUUCUCUUUCUCCUUUUCGUUUUCUCCUUCUCUUUUUCUAUUUCUCUUUUUUCUCUUUUCCCCUUUCUCUUUCCCCUUCUCUUUUUCUGCUUCUCUUUUUCUAUUUCUCUUUUUUCUCUUUUCCCCUUUCUCUUUCUCCUUCUCUUUUUCUGCUUCUCUUUUUCUAUUUCUCUUUUUUCUCUUUCUCCUUUUCUCUUUCUCCUUCUCUUUUUCUGCUUCUCUUUUUCUAUUUCUCUUUUUUCUCUUCUUCUUUUCUCUUUCUCCUUUUCUCCUCUUUUUCUCCUUCUCUUUUUGCUUCUCUUUUUCUAUUUCUCUUUUUUUUCUCUUUUUCUAUUUCUCUUUUAUUUCUCUUUCUCCUUUAUCUUUCUCCUUCUUUUUUCUCUUUGUCUUUUUCUUCUCUUUUUUCUUCUCUUUUUUCUAUUUCUCUUUUUUCUUUCUCCUUCUCUUUUCUCUUUCUCUUUUCUCCUUCUCUUUUCUCUUUUUCUCUCUUUUCCUCCUUCUCUUUUUCUGCUUCUCUUUUUCUCUUUCUCUUUUUUCUUUUCUCCUUUUCCUUUUUUCCUUCUCUUUUUCUGCUUCUCUUUUCUAUUUCUCUUUUUCUCUUUUACCUUUUCUCUUUCCCUUUUCUCUUUCUCAUUUUCUCCUCUUUUUCUCCUUCUCUUUUUUGCUUCUCUUUUUCUAUUUCUCUUUUUUUUCUCUUUCUCCUUUUCGUUUUCUCCUUCUCUUUUUCUCUUUCUCUUUUUCUCCUUCUCUUUUUCUGCUUCUCUUUUUCUCAUUCUCUUUUUCUGCUUCUCUUUUUCUCUUUUUCUCAUUCUCUUUUUCUGCUUCUAUUUCUCUUUUUUCUCUUUCUCCUUUUCGCUUUCUCCUUCUCUUUUUCUCUUUCUCUUUUUCUAUUUCUCUUUUUUCUCUUUCUCCUUCUCUUUUUCUCUUUCUCUUUUUCUGCUUCUCUUUUUUUUUCUCUUUCUCCUUUUCUCUUUCUUUUUUCUCUUUCUCUUUCUCCUUUUAUCUUUCUCUUUUCUCUUUCUCCUUCUCUUUCCCCCUUUCUCCUUUUCUCUUUCUCUUUUUCUCUUUCCCUUUUUCUCUUUUUCCUUUUCUCUUUCUUCCGCCAAUUAUUCUUUCUCUUUGCUAA